AUGUACCUCAUCACUGUGUUUGGAAACCUGUUCAUCAUCCUGGCUGUCAGUUCUGACUCCCACCUCCACACCCCCAUGUACUUCUUCCUGGCCAACCUGUCCUUUGUAGACAUCUGUUUCACCUCCACCACUGUCCCCAAGAUGCUUCAGAACAUCCAGACUCAGAGCAAAGUCAUCACCUAUGAAGGUUGCAUCACUCAGAUAUACUUUUUCCUACUCUUGGCUGGAUUGGACAACUUUCUCCUGGCUGUGAUGGCUUAUGACAGGUUUCUGGCCAUCUGUCACCCCCUGCACUACACAGUCAUCAUGAAACCCCAGCUAUGUGUACUAUUGGUUUUGGUGGCAUGGCUCUCUGUUGUCUCCUUAUUUUAUUGUACAAUCCUGGGAGUGUACCUUAGCUCUGCUGCUCCCCAGAGCUCCCACUCAAGUGCAGUGGCCUCGGUGAUGUACACAGUGGUCACACCUAUGCUAAACCCCUUCAUCUACAGCCUGAGGAACAGAGACAUAAAGAGGGCUCUGAAAAGAAUCAUUGGGGCUCCAGUGAUAUAA